AUGUCCUUCUUCCGCGUGACCCUGCACCGCAGCGCCAUCGGCCUGCCGGAGCGCACGCGCGGCGUCCUGGCCGCCCUGGGCCUGCGCAAGCGCACCCAGACCGUCUUCCACCCGGUCUCGCCGCAGUUCGCCGGCAUGAUCAUGAAGGUCAAGGAGCUGGUCCGCGUCGAGGAGGUCGACCGCGCCCUCUCGCCCGCCGAGAUGCGCGACGAGCGCCGCCCCGAGCGCGGCUUCUGGCUCGAGAAGCCCGCCCACCGGGCCUGA